UGGCAAUUAAGCUUAGUCAAAGCAAAAUAUUCGUGUUAAUAGCAUUCCGGCUCUAAAAUGAGCGCUCGAAAUUCGUGGUUCUUAAGCAGUGCAAUAUUUUUGUUAUAUUACGCAUGCGGUGGCAUUGAAUACAUAUCAGCUCAACCCACGGGUUUGCGUAUAUUACACACUCUAACACAUGGUUACAACAUCCCACCAUUUCGGCAACCACCAGACACCAUUAGAUUUGACGGCGUGAAUGGAGGAUACAUGGCAGUGCAAGUGGAACGACAUCCAUGGGAAAGACAUCGGUUCCGACACCGUCCCGGAUAUGGUCCCCACAAAGAUUUUGUAGUUGCACAGCCAAAUUUUCACAGUUCUGAAGAAUUCAAUACUAAUAGUGUGGGAAAUGCACCACCAUUCGUAUUGAACCCUGCAGCUGGACCUUUUGGACCGCCUAGAGUAAAUGUGGCGCUAACUCAAGAUUCAGUAAUCGUAAACCAUCCCUGGCAUAAUCCAAAUAAUCCGCAUGACAGAAGACAUCACCCUAGGUGGCAUGGUUGCCAUAGACCAAUGGCUGCGGAUCCCGACCUAAAUGGAGAAAAUGUACAAGGCGCAGGCUAUGAAGCUGGCAGUUUCGGACAGACUGCAAUCUUUGAGAAUACUAAUAACGGCAUACCUGAGUGGGAAAAUAGUGGACCACCACGAAGAGUCGGAGGUGAACCAAAAGAAGAUGCCGUUAUAAUUAUUACACCAACAACUCCUACAACAACGCGUGCUGUCCCACCAACUACAACCGAGUCUGCUGAGAGAACUGCGGAUAUUACAGAACCAAUGACAAGAACAUAUGAAACAACAACUGGAGAAAUUACGGAACCAACAACAAAAACAUAUGAAACAACAACUGGAGAAAUUACGGAACAAACAACAAAAACAUAUGAAACAACAACAGUGAAUAACACAGGCGCAAUUUCAACGACCGACGCCACUGUAACUGCAGCGCCAACCGAGAGCACGUUUGCAAUUGAUAUAAGAAGUGGAUUUGCUUAAAACGCAAAUAGCAAAGGAAAUACGAUAAGGAUUAUAUAGAAACUGUGAAAGUGUUGUAUAAACACAAUAACGUUGUAGUUGUUUUACUUAUCUCGGUGCGUGAAUGUAAAUCGUAAUGCCUUUGCAUGCCUGAACUGAUAUCAAUUGCUGUGAUUUUAAUACCUUUCAUAGAAUUAUUCUUCAAAUUUAUUAGCAAAACUUAUACAGAGUGAAUCAUUAAAUUUUUCAAGUGAGAAUAAUAAAAAUAUUUAGAUACAUAA